CGUGGAAAUCCUAAUAUACUAGCCACACGAAAUAUGCAAGGAGCCCAAAGCAAUCCCAAACAGCCCUGAUAUCAUUUCACAAUUCUUCGUAUCCAAACCAAAAUGAAGCUUCCAACCUACACUCUUUUUAUAGGCAACCCAGGUGUUGGCAAGUCCACUCUGCUCAAUGCCAUCAUUGGCAGUGUCCAGUUUGAGUCUGGUGUGAGCAUCGGCACUGGCUUGACGCGGAGAUUACAACUGUACCAGGCCUCCGACGACACAGUUAUCUAUGGCGACACCCCCGGGCUGGAUGACCUGGAAAACCGCAAGCUAGCUGCAGAGGAGAUCAAACUGGCAUUUCAGCAGGACAAGGGUGGCUUGAUCAAGUUGGUUUUUGUUGUCACUACCGAAUCGGGCCGUGUGCGUGCAUCGGACAUGGCCACCAUUCGGUUAGUUCUGGAUGCCUUGCCCGACAAGUCAAUUCCGUUUGGCAUUCUGGUCAACAAGGUCUCCCAGGGCCUCCGGCUCAAAUUGGCCACCAGUGUGCAAGCACGGGAAGACUUUGUGCGCUCUUUCGCCUGCUUGGGACCAGAGUACAGUCCUCCCAAGUUGAUGUUCUAUGAACGAAUGGACAAUCUCGAUGAUCAAGAAAACGUAGUCCAUGAUCCCGCCCCGACCUUGCUGGAGUUUCUCGAUGACCUCGAGGCGACCCUAGUCCAACCAGAGAGAGUGCAAGAUAUCAAGCAUCAGAUGGCAGCCGAGCUUUUAGAAGAGUUGGAGAAAGAACGCGCCAAGAAGAAGGCGGAUAUCAGUGGAUGGAGUACGUUUGUGGAUGGAUUAGGCAUGGGUGCAGGUGCUGCCGGCAUGGCAAUCCUUGGCAUGAUUCUCUCUCGCAACUGAACUUGGAUGGAUUAUAAAGGGUGAAUGAUGGAUGAAGCGGGUGGAUGGCAGGGCGCAAACCUAGAUAACUCUGGUGGUUACUACUAAUAGUUAUGCUUGGUGAAAGCACCUGAAAUCUUUCCUCUAGCAUUUUGCAGUUUUAAGAAACUAGCUAGGACAGGCACACGAAUGAUGCCAUGAUGUCACGAUGUUGCUGAGUUCCGAG